AUGUCGGUUGCUAACGCCGCCGUUGCCACCACCAAGGCAGUCUUUUGUACUCAGAAGGGUGGUCCCGAGAUCAGAGAUUUAGGACAAGCUGCUGCUCAAGCUCCAGACCUGGGAGAAGAUGAGGUGCUCAUCCGAAAUGUAGCCGUCGCGUCGAAUCCCAAGGACUGGAAAGUUGCCCGCUGGGGAAUGUUUGAAGGUAUCGAGGGCAACGACGUGGCAGGCACGAUCGAAGCGGUGGGCAGCAAAGUGACCCGCUUCUCAGAGGGCGAUCGCGUCGCCGCUUUCACCAGAGUGGCCACGCACGACAAGUACGGAGCUUAUCAAGCCAGGAGCGUCGCCCCUGCCUGCACCACUUGGCACAUUCACGCAAACACGACGUACGAGCAGGCUGCUGCCCUCAAUUUGGCCUUUCUCACAGCUGCUGUGGGCCUGUACGUGACCCUCGGCCUUCCUGAGCCGCAGGACAACUCGCAGCCCAUUUCAGGCGCAGAGAAGCAAGGGGUGAUCGUGUGGGGUGCAGGCUCCACGCUCGGCGACUACGCCGUCCAACUAGCCAAAAAGAGUGGCCUGCGCGUCAUCGCCGUAGCGGGCAACAGCGCCUCUUAUGUCCAAUCGCUCGGGGCUGACGCCGUCGUCGAUUACCGUUCAAAGGAUGCCGUCGACCAGAUCGUCAAGGCUGCCAGAUCGCUCGAUGGCGUUUCGUGGAAGUGCGUGCUCGAUGCGGUCUCCGAAAAUGGCUCGGUCGAGAGCUCGGUGGAGGUCAUGGACCAAUUGGGCGGUGGUAGGGUCAUCACCACAUUGGCAUCCCACAUGGAAGAGAAGCGCAAAGAUACGGUCGAAAGAUACUCGGUCGGGUCGGCUUACGGUGCCAAUGGGCACAAGUCGGAGAGGUGGAACCAAUUGGUGGCCGAGUGGGUGGAGCGAGGUACUUUCAAGGUUCAUCCCAUCAAGGUGAUGCCAAACGGACUGGCGAGCGUGCCGGAAGGUAUCAAGCUGCUCGAAGAGGGCAAGGUCAGCGGACACAAGCUUGUUUGUGAGUUAGUUUCGACUCGAAUGUCGAUCGCUUCACCAAGUUGA